AACUACUAGAACAAGCGUGAAAAAGAAGCCAGCAGCUGUGAGAAGCACCUUCCAACGUCCGAGGUUGCAGUUGUUACUGGCAGCCCUCAUCCUUGCAAUUGUGAAAUCAGGAAAAUCCAGUGUUAGAGCCAGCACAUGAGUGAAAGACCUAGGACUGUAAAUCAAACAAGCCCCGUCAUCCAUGGCCUGCACAAUCGAUUUCCGCUGCCUAGACGAGGGCUUCGGUGGCAAAACCUACAAGCGCAAGAGAAACCCCCAAUCCGCCGACGAAGAUGCCUCUAUCUUUGGCGGCGCUGCAAUGGAUAUCGACGACUCAUAUCCACCUCCGGCGAAGCGGUCGGCGGUACCCUCCUCGGACAAUCCUGACAAGCCCAUCUUCGGGAAGCCGAGCUACGACGGCGUGAUCGCAGGAAAAGUCUCCGGCCGGAAAUGGAAGCAGCCGAGGAAGCAGAGGGCGUCGGCGGCGCAAGUCAGCCGAAAGGGGACAACUUUCGAGGAGAGGGCGAAGGCGAAGAAGAUAAAGAGGGCCUACAGAGAGAGAAUGACGGAGCUGAAGGACGAGAUCAAGAAGAACAAGGAGGAGAAGAGGAGGAAGAGCGAGGAGAGGGAGAAGAAGAAGAAGGAGAACAUUUUGAGGUCUGGUACUAAGCUGCAGGUGAUUUCGAACCCGAAGACGAUAAAAAAUAUUGCAAAGACGAAGGAUCGGAAGCUCCUCCAGCCGGUUCCGGAGCAUUUGAUCGACAAGAACAGGAGGAAGAGGAAGAACAACGACGAAUAGACUAAUGCCGCCUUUCUGGUCCAUUACAUCAAUGGGAACAAAGGUAAUGCCUCCUGGGCUAUUUUCCCUUUGCUUUGCCAAAUCUGGAAUCUCCGGCAUUGCCUUGUGUCCUCUAAGUGAUGUUGGAUUCCUCGCCAAGCAAAUUCUGCAGCCGGCUGGGUUGCCUCGCAUUGUAGAAGUGGGAUGUGUUCGGAAGUCUGGGUUACCAAACCCCCAUCCGCUCUAGUUCAUAUUUUAACCAUUGAUGGUCUACCCUGCCCCCAUUCAUUUUUGUUUUGGGUUGCUUGGUUCUCUGGAGUGGUGACUCAGCUAGCCGUUGUCUUCUUAAUCACUCUUAAGUUCCUUGUCUCCCUGGGUUUCUCUGUUCUAUCCUUGGCCGUGGAAAGCUGGCUUUGGCCGCUUUCCCUGUUCCG